ACUUGAACUUACAUUUUGACAAGAAGACUUCUGUGAGCAUGGGUUCUCUCGUCCGUGUGGUAGUGUGUGUGCUGGCGUUGGUGGUUGUGUGCCGAGCUCAAUGCUUCUUCCAGGGGCUGGAGACCAAAGACCCCAAGACUCCAAAAAAGGGGUGUGUGGAUAAGGAGGGAAAGCAGCAUGUGUUCGGUUCUUCAUGGGUGAAGGACUGCUACGACUGUUCCUGCUCCACGGAAGGCAUCAGCUGCUGCAACAAGAUCCCAAAGGUGGUGGAUCUCCCAGCAGAGUGUGAGCUGGUGGUGGACAGAAAAGCCUGCUCAUCCAGACUGGUGAUGAAGUCAGACAAGACCAAGGACUGUAACAGACCCAUCAGUAUGGUCUUAUAAAAAUGUCUACAUGUACACACCAACAUGUAUAGAAGGAACUUACAUCAAAUAAAACAAGGCAACAGUGAACAUGUCAAUGUAAAUUUGUUUAUUUGGAUCCCCAUUAGCUUUUUCAGAAGCAGCAGCUACUCUUCCUGGGGUCCACAAAAAAACAGAAAACAUGACAAGUAUCAAACACUGAUACACUGAUAAAUAAGGACAGUCAGACAAAUGUAAAAUAUAAUGAUAUACAAACAAUGCAGCUAAAAAAUACAAACAGUAC